AUGAGCUUAAUGAUAAAGAAGCUUCCAUCACUACGAGCUUUGCCGGAUCCUGACGAACACAGAGACAGCCGAAGAAGCAAGCUUUUCUCUAAAGAAAUCUUAAAACUUCAGAUUGUUGCUUCAUCAGAAUAUCUUUAUUCUGUUUAUGAGUCAAGUAUAAGAUAUAUUGUGUGUCUUGAAAGAAAAACAUGCAAUUGUGGCAAGUUUCAAUUAGAUGAGAUACCAUGUCCACACACAAUUGCAGUGUUGAAGAGCAAGAAUGUUACACACAUGCACAUAUACUGUUCUGAUUACUACAAGCCAGAGGCGUUGACAAUUAUUUAUGAAUUUCCAAUAGUUUCAAUGCCAGAUAAGAAAGAUUGUUCUAUUCUGAAAGAAAUUUUGGAAGAAUUCGUCUUGCCACCAAGAUACAAAAGGAUGCCAGAAAGACCAAAUAAAGGAAGAAAAAAGUACUCUAGUGAGAAGAUAAGAACGAGCAUAAAUUCUUGUAGUCGUUGUGGCCAUGAAGGCCACAACAGAAAGACUUGUAAUUUCAUUCUCAAAGAGAAAUGA